GCAAGAGGAGGUGGGAGAGAUAGGAACGCGGGGGCGAUGCUGAUUGGGAUUUUUAGCAGACGCUAAUCGCUCGAUGAACAGUGAAGUCCGCUCCGCUCCGCUUCGCGUCGCGUCGCGUCACGACGCGGUGCCGCGCGGCACACCGGUGGUGAAAUUGAUGCCGCGCCGACGGGAUGAAUAACUUCUGCUGAAUGUCGGAGAAUUCAAUGGGAUUGCCUGUGUGUGUUGUGCUCGGAGCAUUUGAGAUUGUUCUUUGUUCCAACGCUCUUGUGCAAGAGCGCCGCGCUGUGAACGCAUUGCCAGUUGCGUGUAGCUGUGUUGUUUAACGCGACACGUGGGUGUAAGAGAGAGAGAGAGAAAGAGGAGAUGGAACGAAUAGUAGACGGACGGGGAGAGCCGAGGCGGGUCACAAAGACUCAGCUUCUUCGAGUUCUCCGCCGUCCGCCGUCCGGGGAGAAGACUCCACGGCGAAUGACAAUGGGGAACACAAGGUCGCAACCUUGCCGUCGAAGCAAGCCGCUCUACCUAUUCUACCUUAUCCACCGUACGUGGAGCGUCGUGGUGGAUCACCGGUCCAAGGAUCAAGAUCGAUGCGACGACACCGACCGGGAAACGGAUUUAUCGUCGAAAUGCAGCACCUGCAACGCCUGCGAUUACCGACGGGACAGCCUUACCUUCGACAGCGAGUCGGACAUGGCGCCGAAUGCGGAGGAGGAGCUGUUGGUCGUGAAGCCAUGGGGGCCGCAGCCGGAAAAGGAACGCUUGAGACCACCCACGUACAACGCCGAGGAUUACGCGAUCGCGCUAAGACGAUGGGGAAGACGUCCGUUGGGGGCCGUACAGGACUCUCAAGGUACUUUGCCGUCGACAACCAGUUCGAGUUCCGGUUACGCAUCCGGAAGUGGCGAAAUGACCUUGAGACAGUUCACGUCGGUCAGCGAGCUGCUGAAUAAACUCCGCGCCGACCUCAGACUCGCCUUUCCCAGCUUCGUGCAGGAAUUCGCGUCGCCGCCGGCGGACGGGAUCACCUUGCUGCUGGAGACUCUGCGCGGCGUUCAACUGGCUCAGAGCUCACCGCCGAACUCGGGCCAGACCGGGCCCAGAGUCGGCACCAGGAGGGCUGCCUUGGACGAGUUGGGGUGCGUGGAGUGCUUGGCCGCGUGCGGCGAACGUUGCGCGGACGCGCCGCGACUCUUGGUGCAGGCGCAACCCGGCCUCCUGGCUCUCGCGGUCUGUCUGACCAGUAGCCUGAACCGGUCUCGAGUUCUGGCUCUUCAGCUCUUGACGAAAGUGUGCCAAGCGCCAGGUGGACACGCAGCUGUUUCGGAAGCGGUGUCGACUCUGAGACUCAAAUAUGGUGAAGGAGGGAGAUUCCGAUUUUUGGCAGGUGCCCUUCUAGCCCCCCGAGCAGCCAUCGCGCUGAGAGUCGCAGGGGUUUCGUUUCUGAAUGCCUUUUUGAAAUCCGCGCCUCGCACGCAAACCAAAUUGUACAUUCAGGCUGAAGCCUGCGAAGCUGGCUUAGAGCCGCAGGUUCUUCAGGACUGGUUGAGGGAAUUCGACGGACACGAGGAAGACACGCUGACCGAUCUGCUGCACAAGGAGGUUCAGAAGUGGACGCACAACUGCGUCGAUGUGGAAGCCCUGCAGCGCAGGGUGAUACGCGCUGAGGAGACCUGCCGGAUACUCAGCAAGAAAGUGUCGCUUCUGCAGGUGCAACUAGAGAAACGGAACGAUUGCAAUUUAGAAGAGCGGGAGAAAACCGCGCCAACCAUUCAUGCUGCUGCCACUGUCACCGUCGCCAAAAGCCCGAAAGUGUCCUCAAACGCGGAGGACGAAGGUAUCAGUUCGUCGGAGAGAUCCAGUAGCCCCGAAGAUACGAAACAUCAAGCGCGAAGUAAUCGACAAAAGACCUCGCCCACGCAGAGCAACGAUCAGGAGACAACAAUCGACGACGUGAUCGAAGAGCUGAGGAUCAUCGUGAAGGACGCCGAGGAGAAGUUCAGCGACAAGACUCAGGAGUCAAACCGAGGUCCAGGGGACGUCGACCAGGAGAUCGUCCGCAAUCACCAAGAACCCACCAAGAACAAACUCUACAGAUCAAACUCCAAAAUCUCGUUGAACAACUCCGAAAGCUACAUAUACGACAAGAUCGCGAAGAAGGAUCUGCGCACGGACUCGAGGAUGCUGAGGUCGCACGCGGGCUCUAACGCCUCACAGAGCCAGCUGAAGGGCGAGCAGGUGACUUACUUUGGCAACGAUCAGGACUACAGCACGGAUUCGAGCGCGACAAAGAGGCUGAGUCCUAAUGGGCCGCGCAGGAUGUCCAAGUCGUCGAUGGAGGGCAGCGUGAAGAUUGUUGUGAAGGGGCCAGACGUGGAGGAGGCGAUAGUGCCGGCUAUCCUGCACCCGCAGCCGCCACGAAGAACGCCACCCUGCCUGUCGGCCAUCAUGGCCGCGAGGCAUUGCGACUUCACCGAUCACGCGGAGACGUACAACUCUCACGACGAAGAAGUGGAGGAGGAAACCUUGGGCGACGGUAGCGACUCGUUGUUGAGUGCCUCCAGGCUCAAGUACAACGGCAAGCACCAGCUGUACGAUGGUCAGAUGAGGGCCGUGAUCACCGAUCAGCCGCAGAAACAGACCAAGAGCGAUACCGUGCUGAUGAUCGGCCCUGGCCAGAUUGACGUGAAGUUCAGGAAGAGCCUGGACGAUCUGCGUCACUUCGAAGAGAGCGAUACGAAAGAUAAGAAGAUCACACUGAGAAGCUACGAGAACAACUCCAAGUCGAAGGACGUGCGGCCGCUCAACAGGCAGAUCGACAUUUACAGACAGUUCGAGUCGAGUCCUAAGGGGUUCGAGACGUCCUCCGGGCAAUCCGAUCAUCGGAUGGUUCACCGACACAGUUCCAAAUAUAGAAGCGAGGUGGAGAAGCGGAAGUAUUUGCGCCGCUCAGCCAGCCACGAUUACCUCGAGUCGAACGUGUCCAGUCCACAGUCGAGACGAUCAGGUAGCCGAGUGGAGUGUCGCAUUCGAAAGUUCGAGAGCCUCAACUCCUUCGAUGAGCACCGUAGUUUGCAAAAUUAUGGGCGACUGGACGGCACAGAGAACCUCGGCAAACGGGAGCAGCCGCUGCUCUUGGCCGACAGCUCUUCCAGAACCUCGAAGAUGCGUCGAUCAGAGUCCUUUCAUCACGUCUCGUACGUGUCGAAAAAGGAUCAGUGCUCGUCAAGGGGGGAAAGCGAUAGCGCUCUCUUCUACAUCACGGACUUCAAUUUGGAGCCGCUCGUCGCGAGGAGACCGCGAUCGAUCGACGCGCCCAAGUCGCCCAGUCUACUGACGAAAUCCUUAGAUAGAAUCGACGAGGGCCUGGACUCGAUGGUCGACAUCGUGAUCACACAGGAGCAGAAUCAAUGGAACGCCGGUGGCAAGCAUAUGUCGAGGACAGGCAAGCCCCGCGAUGAGAAGCAGCUGAUAAGAUCGAAAUCGGUCAGAGCCGACAGUCUCUGCGACGACUCCGUGGACUUUGAAAAGCAGACGAGGCGGGAGAAUUCAAAGCCUAGGAGCCUGAAGAACGACGAAAUGUAUCGCGUCAACAAUAAGCAGCUGAGAAGCGACGAGCUCUACGAAGAGCAGCGAACGCGCGAAUGGAAUUAUCACAACGAACUGAAUUACGCGAGAAACAAAGGCGACAUCAGCCCAGAGAAUUCGCCCGUGAUAUUGCCGAAAAGCGGCAUGAGGCAUAACUCCUUCUGCCAUAUCGACAAGCUCGGCAACAAGUUCUCUAGCAAGUCAAACGAAUCCGGGAUCUUUGCCGGGCGAACGUACGACACUUUCGGUCUCGGAAAGAGUCGUUUCAAUGCGGGAAAAUACUCCGGGAAUCAGCAGAUCAAGGAGAGUCCUAUCGGCCGAAGGAAUACGACUUCAUCAUUAAUUGGAAAACGCGGAAAGGUCACGGAUGUCGUCUCUGGUCUUUACUAAAUGCGUAACUUUCUAAGCAGCGCAAACUUCUAGAUAACGUCUAAAAGAUGUCUUAAAGGCGUACAAAAUAUACUUCUUAGAUCGGUAUUAAUAAACGUUACUUGAAAUUAGCUUCAUCUGAGAUAUGCGAAUAUGAGCUAAAUCUGAGUUUUUCAUUUGAAUGGUAUGUGUGAUAUAUGUGACACCAGAUUUGUAAUUGUAAU